AGGAAAAGUUUGUACACAGAUAGGAUAAAGUACUUCAGGUCACAAUCAAGUUAUGUGACAUUCAUUGCAUUAUUAAUUUUAGAGUGGCCCAAAGUCAACUCGAAUCGUUAUCAAUUUUGCUAUUUUCCGUUUAAAAUUACGAUCUCCACUUUUCGAAUAAUUGUGUUAGACGUUAUCACCCAAAAAUAUUUUUAAUCUGUUUUUCUUUGAGAAAGGAUUGUACUUUUUCUUGUCUGCGAGGUGCUGAAGAUUUAUUCAUUGAGGGAUGGAGAUGGAAAAACAAAACCAGAAUAGUGAUGAAGAGUAUAGUGGAGAUGAAGAUAAUAAAAAGAACAGAGUGAGAAAGGGUGCUAACAAAACAUCAGGACAACAUGGUGAUAGUGAGUCAGAUGAUAAUGAUGACAAUGUUGAUGAAGACAAAGAACAAGAAAUUUUGGCUAAACAACAGCAAGAAGAUGCUGUCAAGAAAGGGAAACAGGAAGAUAUGUGGGCUGCUUUCAAAAGGGAUAAUGGAAUGUUACCAUCAAAAUCUUCAAAGCCAUCUGGCAGCUCAGAUGAAAAAGUGUCUAUCACAAGAACAUACGACUUUGCUGGUGAAGCUGUAGUUGUCACCAAGACUGUAGAUGCCAAUUCUACUGAAGCAAAAAAUAUCAAGAAAGAAGAAGUCAAGAAAACAGAAGUGAAACCUGCUGUUAAAGAUUUGGGCUCUUUAGGAUUUAAAAGAAAAGGAGGUCUUAGCAGUGUUUUAGGUCAAAUCUCAAAGAAGCCAAAAAUGAGUACUCUGGAAAAAUCAAAGCUGGAUUGGGAAUCAUUUAAAGAUCAUGAAGGAAUUCACCAAGAGCUUCAGAAUUAUAACAAAGACGGAUAUUUAGAGAAGCAAGCAUUUCUUCAAAGAACUGAUGAAAGGCAGUUUGAAAGAGAGAGAGAUAUGAGACAGGGAAAGAGAAAAAUGUGAUCACCACCGUAGCCAUAUAUGUACUGUGGAACAUGUCAAGAAUUAUUGAAUUUAAAAAAGUAGUGUUGUCUUCCAACAAAACACAGAGGGAGCUUUGCCAGCCAUGGCCUGGUAAAGGAGUUAACAAGUUUUUUCAUGGAGAGAGAAAAGGCACAGAAAGUUGGUGAUCAAAAACUUUAUCAUAGCUUGUUUCUUGCUGUGUAAAACUGUAACAUAAGCAUUUCAAAUUCAGUGAAUGAACCUGUACCACCAUUUUCUCCCUGUUCUAAAGAAAUUAAUGGAACACAAAACAUCUAUGUGUGUGCUGAUUUCAGGCACCAUACAUUGGCAAACUUUUUUAAGAACUUUCAGUAGUUUGUCUGUGCUAUUUUAUGGCAAUUUUGCAUUGCCUAUGACAUACAGUGACACACUUUUAUUUCUAGCACUUGACAGAAACCAUCAUUUUUUUUAGUGAUUGAAGGUGGUUCAAUAUUAAAAAUUCCCUUCUGUUCCCUAUCUAAAUCACUUUGAAGCUAAUGAUUGUUUCAGCUGCUCUUAGGCAUUCUUAUGUAAAAUGUCAGAGACAGCAACCUGACUCUCAGAAUAACAAAAGGUACUUCCAAGAUAACCAAUGACCAGCUUCCAAAAAUA